CACUUCACGAUCUCUGCUCUCUUCUCACAUCCGCUGAUCAGAUUUCACUUCGGAAAUCGAGACGUCAAAAUCCUACUCAUUUAUCAGUCAGACCUUCCCUGAAAAAAUGUUCCGCGAUAAGUUGGGUCAACUCCAAGUCCACGUCUGCCUGGGAGUCGUCCUGGUCACUCUGCUCCUCCAUGUGGCCACUGCACAGCCCUUGGUGAAUGGUGGUGGCUCGAAAGGAGGAGAAGAACCGGCAACAGGUGACGACAACCGUAAAUCCAUCGCAAAUAUGAAUCCGAAUUCGAGAGUUUCCGGCCCAGAGAAAUUUGAGACGCUGGCCACCGGUGGUCGUGGCACUUUUCCUUGUUACAAGAAGAACAUUGGGGAACAUGUGACCAUCGACAAACUGAGGUCACGCCGAAGUCCGAAAUCCUCAUCACUUCCGUCUCACCCGCAACCACCAUCCGCCGAGUUGCAAACCAUCAUGUCCGGCAAUUGGCAAGCGAUGGAUCCUGAGUCCCUCUUCAAACUCUUGAACACGCUCGCCUCCUCGAAGGAAACCUUGCCCGAGGACUUUUACCCCUUCGACGAUGACGAAGACGACGACCCGAUCGACCUCGUCUACUCGGGAACACCGCCGCUCCUCUCGGCCCCCUCCUCCAAGAGCGUCUCAUCCUCCCCCUUCAGAGGGGCCGCUGCUGCCAACCCACCCCCACUCGCGGAACCAAUUACCCUCAUGCGCUCCAACUUGGGUGGUGCAAACAAGGUGUACAAGUUCAUGGACGAUGAGGACGAGGCAGACGACGCCCAGCCGUUGCAAAUGCACCGGAUGGUGAGCAAGACGAAGAAGCACUUUCCCAUGUACAAGCGAGCCUACAUGCCUCGCAACCUGUGGCCACAAAGGGACCUGGUGCAGCUGCCGAAUGGCGAGAUAGCUUUCACCCCCCACGGGAUGCGCGUCCUCCGGUACCACCAGCCCAUGCCGCUCCCUCUCGUCGACGCCGACCUCCCCCUCGUCCGCAGACCCGUCCUCUAAACAGGCACAUGUACAAUUACACACACACGAAAUGAUGAUUAUUAUAUGUAUAAUGCGGAUGAUUAUGCGUUGGUGCUCUCUAAACUGUCUCCCACACCCACCCACCUCCACCCAUUUAGAACUUGUGCAUGGCCGCUAGCAUUUCAUGUCUAAUCGGGUGAAGAUUUGACAAAUUUGGCAUUGCAUGCGGAACAAAAACUUGACCAUUUUAGGAUAUCGGAUGACGACUUAUGUAAUCAUAAUCUCAAAAAUCACACGACUCUUAUCUUCGGGAAUUAAAUUGAUGUACAACUUACUCACUUAUUAUUUUAUACCCUGAUAAACUUGAUGAAAUUAAUGCUCGACGUAUGUAAUAUUAGUGUCGUAUUAUUUUCACUUGUCAAAAUAAGUAAAUGACGCCCAUCCAGUUAUUGAUGGCAAUUAAGCGUCGACACGACCCUUCGUACAUACAUAUGCAGUCUCACUAAUUCAUACUUAAUUAAAUAUUAUUAUGCACGUUGUUACUCUUUACCAAAUAAUAAAAUUAUAAUAAUGCAAAUAUAUCUAAAUAUUCUAUGAGAAAGCACCGACCAGGACACGAAAUGGGGAGAAGUAAGAAAGGUUCACUUUCUUCAAAAAACAGCGACAACCUGUAAUAGCAAUCAACUAGUCGAUCAAAUAAACGUAUAUGAUGAUCAUAGUGUUAAAAUUAUGA